CUCAGGAAGCCCUGGAGGAGUUGGUUGGCCGGGGGUUUAUCCCAGGAGAUUGGAUAUAGUUCCCUGUGCUAUACGAGCUGAGGACCCUGCGUGUCUGUUCCUUCGGGCCUGGAUGCAAAGGCAGAUGCGGGAAGUGCAGUGAGCAAGGCCUGGCAGCUGGAGCAGUGCAGGCCCCGUGUGUCCAUGGAGCUGCUGGCCGAGGGGACUUCUGCCCAGCUCCGCCUGCCAGGCUCGGAGAAACCAGAGGCCUAGGCGCACAGGGGUGGGUGUCGGCAGACAGAUGCUCCCCAGGCUGCGGGGUUUCCUGCGUGGACUGCUGGGCGGCUGUGCCAAAGGUGGAGGAUGCCGGCCAAGGGGCGCUACUUCCUCAACGAGGGCGAGGAGGACCCCAGCCACGACACGCUCUACGAGAAGUACCGCCUCACCAGCCAGCACGGGCCACUGCUGCUCACGCUCCUGUUGGUGGCCAUCACUGCCUGCGCCGUCCUCAUCGUCAUCGCCUUCAGCUACGGGGACCCCUCCCGACACCAGGCUGUCCUGGGGACGGCGUUCUUCACGCUUGCCGUGUUUGUGGCUCUCUACGCGCUCGUGUAUGUUGAGUGCCUCGUCCGCCGGUGGCUCAGGGCCUCGGCGCUGCUCGUCUGGGCCUGCCUUGUGACGCUGGGCUACGUGCUGGUGUUUGACUCAUGGAUGAAGGAGGCCUGUGACUGGGAGCAGGUGCCCUUCUUCCUGUUCGUGGUCUUCGUGGUGUACACGCUGCUGCCCUUCAGCACGCGGGGUGCCGUCGUGGCCGGGGUCGUCUCCAGCACCUCCCACCUCCUGGUGCUCGGCGCGCUGAUGGGGGCCUUCACCACGCCCAGCGUCCGGGUAGGGCUGCAGCUGCUGGCCAAUGCUGUGGUCUUCCUGUGCGGGAACCUCACGGGCGCCUUCCACAAGCACCAGAUGCAGGAUGCCUCCCGAGACCUCUUCACCUACACUGUGAAGUGCAUCCAGACCCGUCGUAAGCUGCGCAUCGAGAAGCGCCAGCAGGAAAACCUGCUGCUGUCCGUGCUGCCGGCCCACAUCUCCAUGGGCAUGAAGCUGGCCAUCAUCGAGCGGCUCAAGGAGCGUGGGGACCGCCGCUACCUGCCUGACAACAACUUCCACAGCCUCUACGUCAAGCGGCACCAGAACGUCAGCAUCCUCUAUGCUGACAUCGUGGGCUUCACGCAGCUGGCCAGCGACUGCUCCCCAAAGAGCUGUGUGGUGGUGCUGAACGAGCUCUUCGGAAAGUUCGACCAGAUUGCCAAGGCCAACGAAUGCAUGCGGAUCAAGAUCCUGGGCGACUGCUACUACUGCGUGUCAGGCUUGCCCGUGUCCCUGCCCAGCCACGCCCGCAACUGUGUGAAGAUGGGGCUGGACAUGUGUGAGGCCAUUAAGCAGGUGCGGGAGGCCACAGGCGUGGACAUCAGCAUGCGUGUGGGCAUACACUCGGGGAACGUGCUGUGCGGUGUCAUCGGGCUGCGCAAGUGGCAGUAUGAUGUGUGGUCCCAUGACGUGUCCCUGGCCAACAGGAUGGAGGCAGCUGGAGUGCCUGGCCGGGUGCACAUCACAGAGGCGACGCUGAACCACCUGGACAAGGCGUAUGAGGUGGAGGACGGGCACGGGCAGCAGCGGGACCCCUACCUGAAGGAGAUGAACAUCCGCACCUACCUGGUCAUCGACCCCCGGAGCCAGCAGCCGCCCCCGCCCAGCCUACACCUCACCAAGUCCAAGGGGGACGCGACCCUGAAGAUGCGGGCCUCCGUGCGCAUGACCCGCUACCUCGAGUCCUGGGGGGCGGCGCGGCCCUUCGCACACCUCAACCAACGCGAGAGCGUGAGCAGCAACGAGACCCCUGUGCCCCACGGGCGGAGGCCCAAGGCCAUUCCGCUGCGGCGCCACCGGACCCCUGACAGAAGCGCGUCCCCCAAGGGGCGGUCAGAGGAUGACUCGUACGACGAUGAGAUGCUGUCAGCCAUCGAGGGCCUCAGCUCCACGAGACCCUGCUGCUCCAAGUCUGAUGACUUCUCCACCUUUGGGUCCAUCUUCCUGGAGAAGGGCUUCGAGCGAGAGUACCGCCUGGCACCCAUCCCGCGGGCCCGCUACUACUUUGCUUGUGCCAGCCUUGUCUUCAUCUGCAUCCUGCUCGUCCAUGCCCUGCUGAUGCCCAGGAUGGCGGCUCUGGGUGUGUCCUUUGGGCUGGUGGCCUGCGUGCUCGGGCUGGUACUAGGCUUGUGCUUUGCCCGUGAGCUCUUGAGGUGCUGCCCGGCCCGCGGCGCGCUCCGAGCCAUCUCCGAGAGGGUGGAGACGCAGCCCCUGCUGCGGGCGUCCCUGGCCGUCCUGACCAUCGGCAGCCUGCUCACCGUCGCCGUCAUCAACCUGCCGCUGAUGCCUUUCCCGGCCCCAGGGCUGCCUGCUGGGAACGAGACGGGCCCGGGGGCUGUGAGCGGCUGGGAGAGGACCCUGUGCAAGCCCCUCCCGUAUUACACCUGCAGCUGCAUCCUGGCCUUCAUCGCCUGCUCUGUCUUCCUGCGGAUGAGCCUGGAGCUGAAGGUCGUGCUGUUGACAGUGGCCUUGGUGGCCUACCUGGUGCUCUUCAACAUCUCCCCGUGCUGGCAGUGGGACUGCUGUGGCCACAGCCUGGGCAACCUCACCAAGACCAAUGGCACCCUCAGCUCCCCGUCCUGUUCAUGGGAUCUGAAGACAAUGAUCAAUUUCUACUUGGUCCUGUUUUACACCACCCUCAUCAUGCUCUCCAGACAGAUUGACUAUUACUGCCGCUUGGAUUGUCUGUGGAAGAAGAAGUUCAAGAAGGAACACGAGGAGUUUGAAACCAUGGAAAAUGUGAACCGCCUUCUUCUAGAGAAUGUCCUGCCAGCCCACGUGGCCGCCCACUUCAUUGGUGACAAGUUAAAUGAGGACUGGUACCAUCAGUCCUAUGACUGCGUGUGUGUCAUGUUUGCAUCCGUGCCGGACUUCAAAGUAUUCUACACGGAGUGCGACGUCAACAAGGAAGGGCUGGAGUGCCUGCGCCUGUUGAACGAGAUCAUAGCUGACUUUGACGAGCUGCUGUUAAAGCCCAAGUUCAGCGGUGUGGAGAAGAUCAAGACCAUCGGCAGCACGUACAUGGCAGCUGCAGGGCUCAGCAUCCCCUCGGGGCACGAGAACCAGGACCUCGAGCGGCAGCACGCCCACAUCGGCAUCAUGGUGGAGUUCAGCACCGCCCUGAUGAGCAAGCUGGAUGGCAUCAACCGGCACUCCUUCAACUCCUUCCGCCUCCGAGUUGGCAUAAACCAUGGGCCCGUGAUUGCUGGAGUGAUUGGGGCACGAAAACCUCAGUACGACAUCUGGGGAAACACGGUCAAUGUUGCCAGUCGAAUGGAGAGCACCGGAGAACUUGGGAAAAUCCAGGUUACUGAAGAGACAUGUACCAUCCUCCAGGGACUAGGUUAUUCUUGUGAAUGCCGUGGACUGAUUAACGUCAAAGGCAAAGGCGAACUGCGGACUUACUUUGUCUGUACGGAUACUGCCAAGUUUCAAGGGUUGGGGCUGAACUGAGAGUUUUAGGUAGGUGCAGAACAUGCUGGAAGCC